AUGAACCGCCAAUUCAUCUGCAAGUCUGGAGCUGCUGCCAAGGGGGGUUUCAGUGGCUGCUCGGCUGUGCUUUCAGGGGGCAGCUCGUCCUCCUACCGGGCAGGGGGCAAAGGGCUUUGUGGGGGUUCCAGCAGUCGGAGCCUCUACAACCUGGGAUGCACCAGGAGCAUCUCCCUCAACGUGGCCAGUGGCAGUGGGCGGGCAGGGGGCUAUGGGUUUGGCCGGGGCCGGGCCAGUGGCUUUGCUGGCAGCCUGUUUGGCAGUGUGGCCCUGGGGCCUGUGUCCCCAACCAUAUGCCUGCCAGGGGGCAUCCCUCAGGUCACCGUCAACAAGAGCCUGCUGGCCCCCCUCAACGUGGAGCUGGACCCUGAGAUCCAGAAGGUGCGCACCCAGGAGCGGGAGCAGAUCAAGGCUCUGAACAACAAGUUCGCCUCCUUCAUUGACAAGGUGCGGUUCCUGGAGCAGCAGAACCAGGUGCUGGAGACCAAGUGGAACCUGCUGCAGCAGCUGGACCUGAACAACUGCAAGAACAACCUGGAGCCCAUCCUCGAGGGCUACAUCAGCAACCUGCAGAAGCAGCUGGAAACGUUGUCUGGGGACAGGAUGCGGCUGGAGUCAGACCUGAGGACCAUGCGGGACGCGGUGGAGGACUACAAGAAGAGGUAUGAGGAGGAAGUAAACAAGCGCACAACUGCUGAGAAUGAAUUUGUGGUGCUUAAGAAGGACGUGGAUGCUGCCUACAUGAACAAGGUGGAGCUGCAGGCCAAGGUGGAUGCUCUGGAUGGAGAAAUCAAGUUCUUCAAGUGCCUGUACGAGGCGGAGAUUGCUCAGCUCCAGUCCCACAUCAGUGACAUGUCCGUGGUCCUCUCCAUGGACAACAACCGGGACCUGGACCUGGACAGCAUCAUCGCCGAGGUCAAGGCCCAGUAUGAGGACAUUGCCCAGAAGAGCAAGGCUGAGGCUGAGACCCUGUACCAGAGCAAAUUCCAGGAGCUGCAGCUGGCGGCCAGCCAGCAUGGGGAUGACCUCAAACACACCAAGAACGAGAUCUCAGAACUGACCCGGCUUAUCCAAAGGCUGCGCUCAGAAAUCAAGGGUGUGAAGAAGCAGUGCUCCAACCUAGAGACAGCCAUUGCCGAUGCCGAGCAGCGGGGUGACUGUGCCCUGAAAGAUGCCCGGGCCAAGCUGGAUGGGCUGGAGGGGGCCCUGCACCAGGCCAAGGAGGAGCUGGCCCGGAUGCUGUGCGAGUACCAGGAGCUGAUGAGCCUGAAGCUGGCCCUGGACGUGGAGAUCGUCACCUACCGCAAGCUGCUGGAGGGCGAGGAGAGCAGGAUGUCUGGAGAGUACACCAAUGCUGUGAGCAUUUCGGUCAUCAGCAGCUCCACGGCUGGGACCAUGGGCACGGCGUCCAGCUUUGGGUUCAGCGGCGGCAGCACCUACGGCUACUGGCCCAGCUCUGUCGGCGGAGGCUACGGCAUGCUGUCCGGGGGCUGUGUCACCGGCACCGGGAACAGCAGCCCUCGUGGAGAGACCAGGACCAGGCUAGGGAGUGCAAGUGAAUUCAAGGACCCCCUGGGAAAGGCAUCAGCUCUGAGCUCACCCCCAAAGAACACCAUAAGAUAA